GAACAGAGCUAGGCGAACUGUAAUUUAGUGCUAUUUAAAAUUGGGGGGGACAAAAACCUUAAAUUUUCAACUAACGCAAAGGAAGUGAGGCCAUUUGUAAUUGACUCUUAACUUGUUGGGUGGUGAACUACUCUUUGUCUUUGUCUUGAUGACUACAUUUAAUAGACUGCUCUUUAAUCAAUUUUCUCCUUUAAAUUCUCGUGUUCGAAUGACAUUCUAUCAUUCUUUCUUUCUUCCUCCCGGACCUUCCUCUUCUUCUUCGCGCUUGCACUCUUAUCUUCACUCAACAUUGAGUUCAAGUUCGUUUAUGGAGGUGGUCAAAGCUAUUGCAAAACACGGUUCUGCUGCCAAUGGCUCUGUAGCUGUAAGAGCUGAUGGGAAAAGUUACACCUACAGGCAACUUUUUUUGUGUGCUGAAAGGAUAUCUACCCUUCUACAUUCUAGUGACUCCCAAAGUAUUCCUGAAGGUAGACAGCUUGCAAGUUCUUCGGUUUCCUUUGAUGGCCUCAAAUCCAGUGAAUCUCUUAAUGGAACACGAGUUGGUAUCAUCGCUAAACCUUCAGCUGAGUUUGUUGCUAGUGUACUUGGGACAUGGUUGAGUGGAGGAGUAGCUGUUCCACUUGCACUCAGCUACCCAGAAGCUGAGCUCAUGCAUGUCAUAAAUGACUCGGAUGUCUCCAUAGUAUUGAGCACUGAAGAUCACAAGGAACUUUUGCAAGCUGUUGCUACCAAAAGUGCAGCUCAGUUUUCUCUUAUUCCUUCAGUUCCCAGUAUGAUGUCAGAUUCUACUAACGAUGGUCAUUGCGAAAGUGGACAGUCAGAUGCACAUACAAGUUUGAAGGAAUCAAAAUUUCUUGGGGAGGAUGCAGCAAUAAUUAUUUACACUAGUGGAACAACUGGGAAGCCUAAAGGUGUUGUUCACACUCACCGAGGUGUGUUGGCACAGGUCCAAAUGUUGACAGAAGCUUGGGAGUACUCUUCUUCAGAUCAUUUUUUGCACUGUCUACCAUUGCAUCAUGUUCAUGGCCUUUUCAAUGCUCUUUUUGCUCCUAUGUAUGCAGGUGCUGUGGUUGAGUUUAUGCCAAAAUUUAGUGUCAGUGGUAUUUGGCAGAGAUGGCGUGAAUCCUACCCAAAGGACAGUACAAAAGUUGAUAGUUCUGUGACUGUGUUCACUGGAGUUCCAACAAUGUAUACUAGAUUAAUACAAGGUUAUGAAGCAAUGACUCCUGAUGUACAGGCUGUAUCUGCCUCAGCUGCAAGGAAGUUGCGACUCAUGAUGAGUGGGUCUUCUGCUCUCCCUUACCCUGUUAUGCAGCAGUGGGAAACAAUUACCGGACAUCGUCUUUUGGAGCGCUAUGGCAUGACUGAGUUUGUCAUGGCUAUUUCUAAUCCCGUGCGAGGGAUGAGGAAAGGAGGCACUGUUGGAAAACCAUUCCCUGGUAUAGAGGUCAAGAUUCUUGCUGAAGAGGGAAGCGGAAAUGAAACAAGCGUUGGUGAGCUUUGUGUGAGAAGCCCUUCAUUGUUUAGGGAGUACUGGAAAUUGCCCGAGGUGACAAAACAAUCAUUUACUGAUGAUGGUUUCUUCAAGACUGGUGAUGCUGUCACUGUGGAUGAGGAUGGCUACUACAUAAUUUUGGGAAGAACCAGUGCUGAUAUCAUGAAGGUCGGUGGCUACAAGUUAUCAGCAUUAGAAAUUGAAGCAGUUCUUUUAGAGCAUCCUGCAGUCACAGAAUGCUGUGUAUUAGGCUUGCCGGACAAUACAUAUGGAGAAGCUGUCACAGUGAUAAUUGUGCCACAUGAGGAGUUAAAGAGCAAACAACAGGAAGAGUUGAAGCCGACUCUAACACUCGAAGAAAUAUGCUCUUGGGCGAAGGACAAACUUGCUCCGUAUAAGUUACCAACACGAUUAUAUCUUUGGGAAAGCCUUCCUCGUAAUGCUAUGGGAAAGGUGAACAAGAAAGAGUUGAAGAAAUUACUACUCGCUUGAAGGGAAAAACUUCGCACAACCAAGCAAGCUUACAUUGUUUAGCUCAUACGAAAGGGGAAGCAUUUUACGCACCAAGGAACACACCAAGCAUGGUACGCGCUCUUAACCAACAUCACAAUCUGGCAGAGACUCACGAUUUCUUGCGCUUUUGAUACAGAUUAAUAUCUGUUUAUCGACUUACGAUGUAGAAGUGCAGCUUACAAAUGCUAUCCAUUGAUAUCUUGUAAAUUUCAUGCAAGAAUUAAUAAACACCAUUCUUUCACUGUA